AUGGCAUACGCACGUAGACCUCCAGUCAACACAGCGGCAAUUCUGCCCGGUCUGUUGCUCAUCGGAGCGACGGCUUCUUGGUUCUUCUUCGAAUUCACCGCCAUCAAGGCAUACCAAGCGACAGACUACUAUGAUUGGGCGAUUGAGUCGAUUAGCGACCUCUCGGUGACUUACAAGCAAGUCCACCCUCUCAAGCAUCAUACGGUGGUCUCAGGCCGCGCCAAGUUUCUGAACUUUGGCAUCCUCCUGAACGCCGCACUAUUCGCUGCAGGACAAUUGGGCUUGCUCUACGUCACCCGCAAGGGUGUCGCCUCUUCGGCGAGCACCGCGAGGAAACUCCGAGUGUUCCUAACGCUGCUUUUUGUGAGCGGCUUGACUCUGUUGGUCACCAUUCACGGAGGCCCUCGUGAGCAAAAGACUGGCCUCGCUGGUUGGCAUUGGAACGGCUGGAGCUUGGUAGCGAUCGCAUCAAGCCUGAACUCCAUUCUCGCAGGCUUGGUGCCCGGCCAGAUCGGUAACUCGGACCGCGACAUCUUCUAUCGCCUGCUGAGCGUCGCACUCGGCCUCUGGACGGCAUACAGCUACUACCAGUUCCAAACUCUGACUCCCUGGAAUUCUCAAACAAAGAUCGGCCUCUGGCAGCGGUCGAUCAUUUACCCUCAACAGGCGUGGCAAGCUGUCACCGGCUCCGAAAUAAUCCUUGCCAUAGUAGGCGCUGCCAUUAAAGACUUGGAUGAGAAAGAGGCGGCGAAGGAGUCGACGAAGAAGUCGGAGUAG